AUGCAUCCUAGUUGGACCAUAAAUCCCCCUUAAUUUCGCUCCAAAUAUAAGAGUGACCCCUGGCCCCUCCCUUUCCCUACGAUGCCCCGGUUUCUCGCAUUCUUCUUUGCCAAGGAGAGGAAAAGGGAGAGGGAGAGAGUUAAACUAAAAGAUAAGAUGGAUCAUCCCAAGAAGCAAUGCCCUGCGACCAGACUGCCUAACGAUCUUGUCAUUGAGAUCCUGUCCAUGCUGCCCGCCAAGUCCUUCCUCCGAUUCAAAUGCAUCUCCAAAUCAUGGCUCGCUCUCGCUUCCGACCCCUCCAACGCCAAGAAGCUCCCUGCCACCGUCUCCAGCCUCUUCUUCCACGACACCCCCUAUCUCACCCAGGGUGUCAAAAUCCAUCACAUCAGCCUCUCACCAUCCCACGAUGCUAAUGCCGUCGAUGCCACCCUAAGUUUCCUGCCCCCCCACAAAUCCCAGAAACUGAUCUACUGCUGCAAUGGCCUGCUUCUCUGCUGCUCCUGGGACGCCGCGAUUCCUUUCCCCGAGGAUGAUGGCUUCUACUACUACGUCUGCAACCCUGCCACCAGGGAGUGGGCCGCCAUCCCGACGCCGAAGAGAGGAUCCCGUCCUCUAGCUUUGGCCUUCGAUCCUCGCGUCUCUCGUCGCUACCAUAUCCUCCGCUACAACACCGAUAGUUUCGAGUUCGAGAUCUUUUCGUCCAAGAAUGGUGAGUGGACCAGGAGCCAGUCUCGCUGGCCUGGUGUUGCCGACUGCCAAGUCCAGCGUGGCGUUUUCUUCCAUGGAAUUUUCUACGUGAUAAGCCUCGAGACCCACGCCAUUGUGGGAAUCGAUCUCGAGCAAGGAAAGGUUGGGCGGACAAUCGAAAUGCCGGCAUGUUGUAUUAGAAAGUUUUGUCGAAAACUUGGAUCGGAUCGCAUUGGACACUCCGGGGGUUCCUUGCAUUAUGCACUCGAAGAUCAUGACGACAUAAAAGUAUGGAUUCUUGAGGACCAUGAAGGUCGUGAUGAAUGGACGUUGAAGCAUUGCAUCAGCAUCAAACCUUUGCUGGAGAAACAUGGCAUUGAGUACGUACCUUUUCCUUAUCGCCGUCUCGACUAUCUUGAUAUAUUGGCAAUUCAUCCGGAUGUGGAUGUUGUCUUUCUUCGGGUGCAACGUGAGAAGAUCAUUUCUUACCACUUGAACAGUGGCAGAUCGGAGGAGGUUUGCAGCAUGGCUCAUAAGUACAUUCAAGGAUGCUUUGUUUACUCGCCGUGCCUGCUGAAUGGUUUAUUAGGAACGUGAGGGUCUAUUUAUUGUUGGGAUGGACACGAGAAGAGGAUUUUGACAAGAACUGUAAAAAGAUUCUUUGUGGGCUGCAGUUGUCUUUGUGCUUUAUAUCCUCCUUUCAUUUUCUAAAUGAAGUGAUGAAGUGAUUGCGUUCAGCUUAA